CGAAUGAAACACGCCCGCUCCUGGCCAAUCCGUCCCUCUGAGUUCCAAAUGUUCCACUGGUGCGCGGAAGACCAGUGAGGCGUCCGACUGCAUAACUCACCGAGGGGAUCUCCCAAAGACCUCGUCGCCGCCCUUCCGGAAGCAAUGCGGGUGGCGGUGAUCGGUGCGGGCAUCAGCGGGUUGGCGUCGGCCUACACGCUUGCCAAGGCCGGCGUCGACGUGGUACUUUACGAGAAAGAAGACUACUUGGGCGGCCACGCCAAGACCGUCACAUUCGAUGGCGUCGAUCUCGAUCUUGGUUUCAUGGUCUUCAACCGGGUAACUUACCCGAACAUGGUGGAGUUCUUCGAGACUCUGGGCGUCGACAUGGAGAUAUCCGACGUGUCGUUCUCCGUGAGCCUGGACGAAGGCAAAGGCUGCGAAUGGGGAAGUCACAAUGGUCUCUCCAGCUUGUUUGCGCAGAAGACCAACGCGCUCAAUCCAUCCUUCUGGCGAAUGAUUCGUGAGAUCGUCAAGUUUAAGGGCGACGUUCUCAUGUACCUCGAGGAGCACGAGAACAAUCCUGAUAUGGAUCGAAGUGAGACCUUGGAGCAUUUCAUCAAGUCACAUGGAUAUUCUGAGCUAUUUAUGAGGGCUUAUCUUAUUCCAAUCUGUGCUUCUAUCUGGUCAUGCCCUUCAGAAGGAGUAUUGCAUUUUUCAGCUUAUUCUGUCCUUUCUUUUUGCCGUAACCAUCACCUUCUUCAGGAAGUUGUUUCUGGCCCUACAGCAGGUUGUUGUGUGUUGGCAGCAGACCACUCAGAAGAAAUAUAUGAUGGGUGCAUAAUUAGCAUCCAUGCCCCAGAUGCUUUGAAGCUUCUAGGAACACAAGCAACAUACGAUGAGUCAAGGAUACUUGGUGCUUUUCAGUACGUCUACAGUGAUAUUUAUCUUCAUCGUGACAAAAGUUUGAUGCCCCAAAACCCAUCAGCAUGGAGUGCUCGGAACUUUCUUGGAACCACACAGCAUGGUGUAUGUGUUACAUAUUGGUUAAAUGUGUUACAGAAUCUAGGUUCUACUGGUCGCCCAUUUCUUGUAACUCUGAAUCCUCCUCGUAUUCCGAACCACAAGUUACUUAAAUGGUACACUAGCCAUCCUUUCCCGUCAGUUGCAGCCUCAAAAGCUUCUCUUGAGCUAGAUAAAAUUCAAGGAAAAAGAACGAUAUGGUUUUCUGGAGCAUACCAAGGCUAUGGCAUUCAUGAGGAUGGAUUAAAGGCUGGCAUUGUUGCUGCAAAUACUGUGCUUGAAAAGGACUCUAACCUGUUGAGGAACCCAAAGCAUAUGGUACCAUCAUUGAUGGAAUGUGGAGCAAGAUUUCUUGUCACUAGAUUUCUUAAAACUUACAUCUCAACUGGUUGCUUAACGUUGCUAGAGGAAGGUGGCACCAUAUAUGUAUUUGUAGGAAACAGCAAAAAGAAUUGCUAUAAGUCUGUCCUUAGAGUGCAUCAUCCCUUGUUCUAUUGGAAGAUUGCUUCAGAAGCUGAUUUAGGCCUUGCAGAUGCUUAUAUAAAUGGAUACUUCUCUUUUGUUGAUAAAGAGGAAGGCCUUCUGGAUCUGUUUAUGGUUCUAAUUGCCAACAGGGAUCUUAGAAAUUCCACUCGGAAGAAUAUGAGAGGUUGGUGGACGCCAUUACUUUUGACAGCUGGAGUUGCUUCCGCAAGAUACUUUUUGUGGCACAUCUCGAGACGGAACACUAUAACACAAGCUCGUCAGAACAUCUCUCGUCAUUAUGAUCUGAGUAAUGACUUCUUCUCUCUAUUUUUGGAUGAGACAUUGACAUAUUCCUCUGCAAUUUUCAAGACAGAGCAUGAGGAUUUGAAACUUGCCCAACUACGCAAAAUCUCUCUUUUAAUUGAAAAGGCUCAAAUCAAUGACAAGCAUGAAGUUCUUGAGAUUGGUUGUGGUUGGGGAAGUUUAGCGAUUGAGGUUGUUAAGCAAACUGGUUGCAGAUACACAGGAAUUACCUUGUCUGACGAGCAGCUAAAGUAUGCUAAAAGAAGAGCAAAAGAAGCUGGACUAGAGGAUCACAUUAACUUUGUGCUGAUCGACUAUCGCCAACUACCAAAUUAUCACAAAUAUGACCGAAUCAUAUCUUGUGAAAUGAUUGAAGAAGUAGGUCAUGAAUACAUGGAGCAGUUCUUUGGUUGUUGUGAAUCUCUUCUCGCUGAAGAUGGCAUAUUUGUCCUCCAGUUCAUAUCAAUCCCAGAUGAACGCUAUGAUGAAUACAGGAGAAGCUCUGACUUCAUUAAGGAAUACAUCUUUCCAGGAGGAUGUCUUCCUUCUUUGAGUAGAAUAACAACAGCUAUGGCUACUUCAUCUAGAUUCUGUAUUGAGCACCUUGAAAAUAUCGGCAUUCAUUACUACCAAACACUUCGAUGCUGGAGGAAUAAUUUCUUUGCGAACAAGGAACAAAUUCUUGCCAUGGGAUUUGAUGAGAAGUUUUUCCGCACAUGGGAGUAUUAUUUCAUGUACUGCGCCGCUGGUUUUAAAUCAUGUACGCUUGGAGAUUAUCAGAUAGUGUUUUCUCGUCCUGGUAACUUGAGAGCUUUUGGUGAACCAUUCAACAGCAUUCCCGCUACCUGUCGUUGAUUUUAUAUGUUCGUUUGGUUUGUCGGUGUUGUAAAUUAUUAUGAUUACCCAGAAAAGACGCUCUUCAUUUUCCA